GAUUAUUGGAUAAGCAAAAUUAAUUGAUCCUUAUGAUGCACUGGUAGAGAGUAUUCCAGCCAAGAACACCCCUCAUAGCAGAGAGCAUAGUUUGGAUUAGCAGACCUGUAUCCUAGUUUAGGUCCUGCCUAGUUUAAUCGCUUCACCCAGGGAGACUCAGGUUAUUCAUCUAGAAAAUGAAAGGAUUAAGUUAAUUGAUUGUUUUGUCCUUUCUAGUUCUGAGAAGCCUUACCACAGAGGCCCUAAACUCGGCCCUAAACUCAAACCCCUACCUGUGCCUAGCAGGUGAUUCAAAUUAGUAAAUUGAUGGAAUGUUUGCCAGUCUAAAGGGGGCGCCUCUUCAGCCGAAUAAAGUCUUCUGAUAAUGUAGGCACAGGUGUUCCCUACCCUUUUUUCAGAUUAGGAAGAAACACAGGUUUUUAUGUGAACUGUAAAUGUUAACAAGUGAAAAAUGUAAAGAGGAGUGGGGAGUCUGCGCUGCAAGUUUGCCUUCUUUGCGCAGUUCACGUCUGCGGUCAGCUUGGACUCUACAGCCGGGCAGCAGAGCACUGUGAGGAAGACCAGAAGUUAAAACAGACGAAGAUCAAAACAUCCAGUAACGAUUCUAGGGAGUGAAUUCUGCUUCAAAAUACCAGUCUACUUCAGCCUGCGAGAUUUCAUCUACUUAUGGAACUCGGUAAACGCCACUUGAUUAUUUUCCCUAGCUCUCAUCUUCCGCCCGCGAUCGCAGCUGCGUAGCGCUAAGCCAUUCCCGUGCCCUGUGGUCCCCCGGAGACUGCGGGCGCCACCGGUUUUGCACCCCUCGGGAGCGCCGGGAGGACGGUCGGGGCUGCGCUUUCAAGGACUGUUGUGCUGGCGCCUGGCAACCCAGCGAACCUCUGGAGGAGUAAUUUUAUUCGCUUCUCUGUGUUCUCCCGAAGAAAAAAACGUUGCCCUGGGUCCAGGGAAGGAGUUCUCAACCGGAAGUCCUGCCCCCGGACUUGAGCGCUUCCUGUUUGGUAACUAAGGGCGCGAAACGGUUGCUUGAGCACCGGUAGCAAUCACUCCCGAGCUUCGCGAAUGCCUGGGAUUAUCUCAGGUGCUGCUCACGGGCGAUACGAGAAGGUGACUCUUUCCUCCUCCGGACGUUUUCUGGAGUCCCCUCUCCAUCUGUCAUCAUGAGUAGUGAAUUUCUGGCGGAGCUGCAUUGGGAGGAUGGGUUCGCCAUCCCGGUGGCGAAUGAGGAGAACAAGAUACUGGAAGACCAGUUGUCAAAGCUGCAGAAUGAAAAGUCAAGCUUGCAAGAUCAGCAACGUGACUAUGAAGAUCGAAUUAAUGCUAUGACUUCUCAUCUCAAAAAUGUCAAGCAAGAGUUCUUAUUUACACAGUCUCUUUGUAAAGCCAGGGAGCAUGAGAUUGAAAGCGAAGAACAUUUUAAAAUUAUUGCUGAAAGAGAACUGGGGCGAGUGAAGGGUGAAGUUCAGCGACUGGAAAAUGAGAUGGCUUCAAUACGGGAAAAGAAAAGUGAUAAGGAAAAUUAUAUCUUUAAAACUACUCAAAAAUUGGAUGGUUUGAAAUGUCAAAUGAACUGGGACCAGCAAGCAUUGGAGGCCUGGCUGGAAGAAUCAGCUCGUAAAGACAGUGAUGCCCUUACUCUUCAGAAGUAUGCAAAACAAGAUGAUAAUAAAAUUAGGGCACUGACCCUGCAGUUAGAAAGACUGACUGUGGAAUGUAAUCAGAGAAGAAAGGUACUUGACAACGAACUUGCAGAGACUCUCAGUGUGCAGUUAGAAUUGGAUAAAGCAGCACAAGAUUUUCGUAAGAUUCAUAAUGAAAGGCAAGAACUCAUUAAACAGUGGGAGAAUACAAUAGAACAGAUGCAGAAGAGAGAUCGAGACAUCGAUAACUGUGCCUUGGCAUUAGCAAGGAUAAAGCAGGAAAUAAGAGAAAAAGAAAAUUUGGUUAAGGAAAAGAUCAAAUUUUUGGAAAGUGAGAUUGGGAAUAAUGCAGAGUACGAGAAAAAAAUUUCUGUUGCUGAUCGUAAAGUUUUAAAAUGUAGAAUGGAAUAUCAGCGUCAUGAAGCUAACAGAAUUCAGCUGAAAGAUGAGCUGGAUUCUUUAAAAGCCACUGUGAAAAGAAGUUCCAGUGAUUUAGAAGCUCUGAGGAAAAAUAUUUCCAAAAUAAAAAAGGACAUUAGUGAAGAAACAACAAGGUUAUACAAAAUUAAAAAUCAUAAUCAGAUUGUAAGAAAAAAAUUAAAGCAUAUAACUGAGAAAACUAUGUCUGUGGAGGAGAAAGCUACUAACUUGGAAGACAUGCUAAGGGAGGAGGAAAGAGGUGUAAAGGAAGUAGAAGUUCAAUUGAACAUAGUGAAAGAUGUGCUAUUUAAGAAAGUCCAGGAACUACAGGCGGAGACAAUGAAAGAAAAAGCUGUUGUAUCUGAAAUUGAAGGAACCCGUUCCUCUCUAAAGCACCUCAACCAUCAGUUACAUAAACUGGACUUUGAAACCUUGAAGCAGCAAGAAAUUAUGUACAAUCAGGAUUUUUACAUUCAACAAGUGGAACGCCGAAUGUCACGGUUAAAGGGAGAAAUUAAUUCAGAAGAAAAACAAGCACUUGAAACAAAAAUUGUUGAACUUAAAAAGACAUUGGAAGAGAAAAAAUCUACAGUUAGCCUUUUGGAAACAGAGAUCAAGAAGCUUCAUAAUGAUCUUUACUUUAUCAAGAAGUCAAAUAGUAAAAAUUGUGAUGAAAAGCAGUCCCUCAUGGCCAAAAUAAAUGAAUUGAACCUUUUCAAUGACAGAUCAGAGAAAGAACUUAAUAAAGCCAAAGCUUUGAAACAGGAUCUGAUGGUAGAAGACAAUCUUUUAAAACUUGAAGUUAAACAUACUCGAGAAAUGCUUCACAGUAAGGCAGAAGAAGUUCUUUCUCUGGAAAAAAGAAAGCAACAAUUAUACUCAGCUAUGGAAGAACGGACUGAAGAAAUUAAGGUUCACAAAACAAUGCUUGCAUCACAAAUACGAUAUGUUGACCAAGAACGGCAAAACAUAAGCACUGAGUUUCAUGAGCGGCUAAGUAAAAUUGAUAAGCUGAAGAACAGAUACGAAAUCCUUACUGUUGUUAUGCUGCCUCCUGAAGGAGAAGAGGAGAAAACACAGGCCUAUUAUGUAAUAAAGGCUGCUCAAGAAAAAGAAGAACUUCAAAGAGAAGGUGACAGUUUGGAUGCUAAGAUCAACAAAGCUGAAAAAGAAAUCUAUGCUCUAGGAAACACUUUGCAAGUGCUGAACAGUUGCAACCACAAUUACAAACAAUCUUUUAGGAAAGUGACUCCAUCUAGUGAUGAAUAUGAGCUAAAAAUUCAACUAGAAGAACAAAAAAGAGCUGUUGAUGAAAAAUACAGAUACAAACAAAGACAAAUCAGAGAACUACAGGAAGAUAUCCAGAGCAUGGAAAAUACUUUAGCGGUUAUAGAGCAUUUAACAAAUGAUGUUAAAGAAAAAUUAUCAGAGAAGCAAGCUUAUGUACGUCAACUAAGUAGAGAAACUGAGGAGCAGAAGCCAAAAUUAGAGAGAGUAACUAAACAGUAUGCUAAACUCACCAAGGAAAUUCGUCUUUUGAAAGACACAAAAGAUGAAACACUGGAAGAACAAGACAUUAAACUUCGUGAAGUGAAACAGCUUCAUAAGGUCAUUGAUGAAAUGUUAGUUGAUAUCUCAGAAGAAAAUGCUGAAAUCGGAGUUAUCCUUCAAACAUACUUUGAACAGAGUGGUUUAGAACUACCUACAGCUAGUACUAAAGGCAGUCGUCACAGCUCUAGAUCUCCUUCACAGACUUCACUGUUAUCAGCAAGGUCAUCUAAAAGUACAAGUACUUCUGCUUCUCAGACUUCGAUUAAAGUAUUAGAGCUGAACUUCCCAGCCUCUCCACUAAUUGGCAGCACUUCUAGACCAACUAGUGCUAGCAGUGGCUCCAGUAAUGGUAAAAGCAAAAAAAGCACCAAAUAAACAUUUUAAUCUCUUUUUUGAACAAGUUGUAAACGCAAAAACAAAAAUCUCAUAAUUUUAAAAUAGUAUAUCCCACUCUAUGCUUUUGGGUGCCGUACAUUGGUAUAGAGGUCUACUGAAAUAGUGUUAGAGGUGUGAAAUGACCAGACAAAAGUUUUAUC